AUCGAUUUAUAUUUUCUAUUUACCUAUGUAUUUUCUCUCAUUUCAUUCGUUCAUUUCCUAGGUUUCAUUUUGAGAGAAUUCGUUUAGGGGUGACCGUGCGAAUCUAAUAAUUUUACAUAUAUAGUGAAAUUUGAGCCAAAGUAAUUGGUUUUAGUGUAAUACAUUUGAUUACUAGAUUAUAAUGAGACGUGUCAAUCGAAAUGGCAGAGGUGGCGGCGGCGGCGGCGGCAGCAGCAAUGGUCCGCUGCUAACGGAACAUUUGCGUGACUUAGACCUGGAGCUGGAGCUGCUCAAGAGAAAGCGUGAGAUGAUAGAAAAGCAACAAAAUUUGCUCAACCAGCAACAAGCUUUUAACAGAGUGAGCUAUAAUUAUGACCAGCCUCAAUCGUUCAGGAAUCAUCAGCCCUUCGAUGAUGGAUCACAAUUUUCUGGUGCAAAUCAUGCUUUUUCGAGUUCCAGCCGUGACUACUCGAAUUGCAAUCGUGAUUUCUCCCAACUAUACGACGAGCCGCAACAAUCUCACAGCCAUUUCCGGCAGUCUGCUAAAAAACGCCUAGGCGAUUACGUGUGGUCCGAUCCACCGAGUAAUCAGGGCUUCUAUGAACCGCCGGCUAAGAAACCGUACUCUCAGCCAAGGAAAUAUAACUCUGGUCAGAAUUCUAGGUCCAAAUAUGUGCCUCCGUCCGAACGUCCUGGGUUUGCACCCAAAAAGCAAAACGGCAGACCAGCGCCCAGCCAACGGUUCAGGGAGGGGCCCCAGAGACAUAGACCUAAUGAUUUCAAGCCGACCAAAGUGACCAAGCCUAAUAGACCGGUCAAUGUGCAACCAUUGAUCCCAAACCCCGUCAAACAUAUGACCCCUAGAGUGAAUGAGGGCUCUCCGAUUCUGCUCGCCGACCACGUCCCGUCUCAGCAGACAGUCGGACGGCUGGAGUUGGCUCUAGGGGAAAUUUUGAAGGUUGUCAAGGAUAAGUACGGCAAGGAGCCGGCCUACGCUCACUGUUUUGCCGAGACCGGCUCCUGCAGAGGAAUGAAACAGUUGAUUCGCGAGCGCAUCCGAGAGACCAUGCUCGGCAAGCCAGUCGGCAACGUAGCCCAAAUCAUGCAGGUAUACCGCGCUGUGUACCCUCUCAAUACAGAUAAGGAUAUCAUUGAAGCCGGCAUUCAGAAGAAAGAUAAGAAAAAAGCCACCGAAUUCAAUAUGUCUACAGGAAACAAUAUAAUGAAUCCAUUCCAAUUCUUCAAGAGGAAUUAUAAUAGACUAUUGUCAGUUUCACUGAAUAAAAUGUUUGCCAAGCUUGAAGCUCUGGCAAAAGAAGAGAGUGAAUUGCUAUUGAAAUCAGAAAAUGAAGGAAAAGACAAAACUGAAACUUCUACUGGAGAUGUUGGCAUGAAUAAUACUGAUACUGAGACGUCUAAAGAUUGUAUGGUAAAAAACGAUGUCGCUGAAAACCCUGAAGAAAAUACGGAAAAUGUUGCAAACAAUUCAGAAAAGCCCGUCGAGAACGCAGAAAAACCAGCAGAAGAUACAGAAAAGCCAGCAGAAGAUGCACAGAAGCCAGCAGCAGAUCCAGGAGGAGAAAAUGAUAAGCCAGUGGGUACUGAAAACCCGAAACAUAAUGUUGAAGAAUUGGAAGCAGACAAGGCGUUACGUCAGAGAUAUGAAGUCAUGCUCGAUCAGGUCAUACUCAAACGCAUGUCCAUGUGGCUGCCCAGAAUGAAAGUGCAAAUAAUGAGAGUUUUGUCUCACGACAUUACUUUUGAGAGGGCCAAACAGGCCAUAAUUAAGGAAACCAAUGUGCGUCUGUCUUUGGCCAAUGAACCUAUUGAACCCGGCUCGGAGAUAAGCAAACUUGAGGAUGCAAUAAUGAAUAAGAAACCUCAUAAACUGGAUUACCAUGUAAAGAUCCAAGGUCGGCCCACUCUUCCCAAGAAGAGUGUAAUGACGGAAUUCCUUGCGCAGUUCAACCCUAAGCUGGUGAAGAAGAUAAAGAACGUGCGCAAUUUGCUGUAUGUUGGAUUCGACAAUAAGAGCGACUUUGAUAGAAUGGUGGCCGCGAAUGGAACUUUUAUCGGAAACGAAAAGAUCAUAGUCAAGAUCAGCCAAUGGGUGACAAGCAGCGCUUUGAACACUCCUAGCGAAAACACAAGUGCUCCUAACACUUCAGACAUCACAGAUGAAGAUGUCACUAUGAGAGAUGCUAGCAAGGAAAACAAUGAAGUAUUAAAUGAUACACUUAAUAACCAAAUAGAUGAGUUGUUAACAUCUAUUAGGAAUGAAGAGUUAGAAAAUGUUGCAAGUAAUGGAGCUGUUGAUGAAGACAAUGGAGAUGUCCAAGCCGUGAUAGAUGAUAAGAAUAAAGAAAAAACUGAAGAAAACACUCAAAGUGAUGAUGUUGAAUUGAUUGAAGCUGAAGAGGAAGUGAUCGAUUUGGAUGGUCAGAAUGAGAACGGAAAUGGAGAGACUAUUCAAGAGAAAGAAAAGACUAAUGUUGACAAUACUGAGGCUGAAGCAAAGGACACAGUUGAGGAAUUAAUAACCAAGGAAACUGGGAGAGCGACGCCUACUAGAGCUUCGGCCAGAUUGGCCACGACUAGCACGCCUAGUUCAGUUAGGACUAGACGGGCAAGUAAACUGGCGCAAAAUUGAUCUAUUUAAUUUUAAACCUAGCUUUCUUUACGAUACUGGUGACUAAAUACAAUUUCAUGCAUAAACGUCCAGUUAUGACGUGAAUCUGAGUGCUUAGUGUGGGUUUGCAUUUCACUUCUCACCGUCGAGUCGAUUUGAAGUGAGACGCGGCGAACCAAUCACAUUGCGUUGUGGUUGUCCUUGCGUCACAAUGGCGCUAUGUGAUUGGAUCGCGAUUCGGCUCGAUGGUUACAUAGCAAGGUAAAUAGCAAGUCACACUACACACACUGCUUACGAUGCUUGUGAUGUGCAAAUAUUUUAAUGACGUCAAUUUCACGUGUAAACGCCGAUUUAUGAUUUGAAAUCGUAAACUUGGUGUUAAAAUCACGGAACUAACUCUCAUGACUAUAGUUUCGUAAUGAAUAUUAAACUUUAUGGACUCAUUUUUAAUGGACAUAAACUACAAGAGUAGAUUUUUUCUUUCAAUAAUAACUAUUGAUUUAUUUGUUUAGUAUUAUAAAUGUGGUGUGUAUACACCACAAUAAACCUACAUUAUAUUGUAAUUUAGAUAUGUAAUAAAAUGUCUUAAGUAAA